GAUCUUGCGUCUUCUCGCGAUACUACGCUAGAUAUCGUGCCUUGAUAGCCUUGAUUACUGUCACAUUGCUCACACAUUGUUUGUAGCUUGAGGCAUUAGGCUACUCAGUACGAGGACAAUAGAAUAAACAGCAGCACAAACCAGUCGUGACGUCUGUAGCGAUACGUUUCCUUGUCGGUUUCAUCGGAAGAAUUAUUCUUGAGACUUGACAAACCAAAUCCAGCGCUUUCUGUGGAAUAAGAAGGAAAUGUCCCUGUCAGGCUGGGUGUGUGUAGUAACAGGUGCCUCCAGAGGCAUUGGCAGGGGAAUAGCUCUCCAGCUGUCUGAGGCAGGAGCCACGGUCUACAUCACAGGGCGCCAGGAGAACACUCUGAAACAAACCGCUGCACAGGUUAAGGAGAGGGGUGGAAACUGUGUGCCCGUUAUCUGUGAUUCUACAAAAGACAAAGACAUUGAAGACCUGUUUGAACAGAUCAAACGUGAACAGAAUGGCAGGCUGGAUAUCCUGGUCAACAAUGCCUAUGCUGGAGUACAGACUAUCUUCGAUAACAUGGGGACCAAGUUCUGGGAAAUGGAUCCGUCCAUUUGGGAUUCCAUUAACAACACAGGCCUCAGGGGCCACUAUUUCUUCUCAGUUUAUGCAUCCCGGAUGAUGGUGGCUCAAGGACGGGGUUUGAUAGUCACCAUUUCAUCUAUGGGUGGGCUGCGCUAUAUUUUUAAUGUACCAUAUGGUGUUGGUAAAGCCGCAUGUGACAGGCUGGCAGCAGACAUGGCUGUUGAGCUGAAAAGUAGAGGAGUGGCUUCUGUCAGUCUGUGGCCGGGAGCGGUACAAACAGAGUUGGUGUCUCAGUUAAUAUUGGAGAAAAAAACCCCACAGGGUGAAGAUUCCAAGUUUAAAGAUGUAUUUGCCAAUGGAGAAACCACAGAAGUGAGCGGGAUGUGCAUUGUCAAUCUGGCAAAAGAUAAAAAUCUGAUGUCUCUGACUGGGAAAGUACUCAUGACUUGUGACCUGGCAAGGCGCUAUGGGAUACGAGAUGUUGAUGGACGGAGUGUAACUGAUUACACUUCCCUAAAAUUCCUGGUGACGCAGGUCCCAUAUCUCUCCUGGCUGUCAGCUGUUGUCCCUUCAUUCCUACGCCUGCCACGCUUUGUGCUCACCCUGGCUAGUAGCCGGUUCUAAACAUUCUCUAUAUCCAUACUGAAGUGACAGUAUCCUACUGUGUUUUCAACUAUAUGGUCACAAUUCGAGCCAAACCUAUAGUUACCAUGUCAGUGAUCAAAUCCAUUACUAAUGGCUAACGGCUGACAAGAAGCCAAACAAUUUAGACUGACGAUAUUUUUGUGAAGGAUUGAAGUAUUAUUGAAAAUACAUAUGCUACGUAAUACAUUUAUAUUAUAUGUACAUCCAUUCCUACUUUAGUGCUUAAUGAAAGCAGUUGUAUGAAGUUUGAGGUAAACAACAUUAAACUUGAAGGAUGCUUAUUCCUAUUUUAGGAAUUUAACACUAAUGUCAGUUGUGGGGGAAGCCACAACGUGUGAAAUGGGAUUUUGUUGUUAUUUGCUACAUGUAAUGUUUUUUUCUUAAGCA